AUGACAAAGGAAGACUUACUGUUAAUCAUACAGAUGGUCGACCCUGACCCUGGCCAGGAUUUUCCUUUUGAUGACACCUACAAAUCUGCUCUUACAACUGAAGGACCGAUAAACCUCCAGGAGUUCUGGAGACUGACUGGCCAUCAUUGGAUGACCAUAUACAAGGGUACUAGUGCACUCACAUCCUUCAUAACAAGCUCUCAAAAGACAGGGGAAGAGUAUUUUGCAUAUGUUAAACGUAUGCAUUUAGCUUGGAAGGAUGCGGGUCUAACAGACCAUACCCUUUUUGUAACCACCACACUUAACGGGGGAAGCCAGAAGAUAGCACAAAUGUUAAAAAUAUUAGACCCUAAAAUUAUGAACAUGACUCCGGAGGCCUUUGUAGAACAUGUAAAGGUUAGGCAUCAAACAGGUCUCUUUGAAGCGAAAGGAGGACUUUUCCCAGCUUUAACGGGAGAGCCCAUGCUGGAGGAAACACCCCUGUUGGCGGCGCAAAUGCCUUACCAACAACAGAAUCAGUACCCUGUUGGCAAUCAGUAUUCUCCACGUUCUGUGCCAUACCCUCGCCAGGGCCCACAAAAUGAUCAAGCAUGUUUCCAUUGUGGUGGCUUUGGCCACUGGAAGGCUAACUGCCCACAAAGGAGACAAAAUUAUAGAGGUAAAAAGGGAAACAGGGGAGCUUAUAGAGGUCAAAACCCUAACUGGAAUGACAAUAGACAGAUAGCUCAGUACCCACAGUGGAACCAACAGGCACAAUCUCAAAAUCAACCACAGCAGCUACAAGCUGGUGCCGGGCCUCUUCCCUCUCCCCAAAUACCGGUACAAUGGCCAAACAGACAAAACCCAUAGGGAGGCCCGGAGCGUAUCCCGUCCUUAGUUCUUUGCUCUUAUUCUGGCACUUGGCAGGCUUUACCUAUUAUAAACCUUGUUGUAGAGGGGGUGGACAUCGCACUCCUCACGGACACGGGAGCCACAACCAGCUCCUUAAACAACAAGGCUUUUGCCAGUAGGGCUAUUACACAAGGACGCUCUGUGGGAAUUAAUGGGAUACCAACAUCACACGACAUAA